AUGGAGAGAGCCAUGGAGCAGCUCAACCGUCUGACGAGGUCCCUGCGCCGCGCCCGCACUGUGGAGCUGCCGGACGAUAAUGAAACUGCUGUCUACACAUUAAUGCCAAUGGUUAUGGCUGACCAGCAUAGGUCUGUCUCGGAGCUGCUAUCAAAUUCAAAGUUUGAUGUGAAUUAUGCAUUUGGACGUGUGAAGAGAAGUUUGCUUCACAUUGCAGCAAACUGUGGAUCAGUUGAAUGCCUUGUUCUGCUAUUAAAGAAAGGAGCAAAUCCAAACUAUCAGGACAUUUCAGGAUGCACACCUCUCCAUUUAGCAGCAAGGAAUGGCCAGAAGAAAUGUAUGAGCAAGCUGCUGGAAUACAGUGCAGAUGUCAACAUCUGUAAUAAUGAAGGCUUGACUGCAAUCCACUGGUUAGCUGUUAAUGGACGAACAGAACUGCUUCAUGAUCUUGUUCAGCAUGUCAGUAACGUGGAUGUUGAAGAUGCCAUGGGUCAGACAGCCCUUCAUGUGGCUUGUCAGAAUGGCCACAAGACAACUGUGCAGUGUUUGCUGGACAGCGGUGCAGAUAUAAACAGGCCGAACGUGUCAGGGGCAACUCCACUCUAUUUUGCUUGCAGCCAUGGUCAGAGAGACACUGCACAAAUUCUCUUGAUGAGAGGAGCCAAAUAUUUACCAGACAAAAAUGGUGUCACUCCACUGGAUCUGUGUGUACAGGGUGGUUAUGGAGAGACUUGUGAAGUCCUAAUACAGUACCAUCCUCGACUUUUCCAGACAAUAAUUCAGAUGACACAGAAUGAAGAUCUACGGGAAAACAUGUUGCGGCAAGUUCUGGAGCACUUGUCCCAGCAGAGUGAAAGUCAGUAUCUGAAAAUCCUGACAAGUCUUGCUGAAGUCGCUACAACAAACGGUCACAAACUGCUUAGCUUGUCAAGUAAUUAUGAAGCUCAAAUGAAGAGUCUCUUGAGGAUCGUGAGGAUAUUUUGCCAUGUCUUUCGCAUUGGCCCAUCCUCUCCCAGUAAUGGCAAUGACAUGGGCUACAAUGGAAAUAAAACUCCAAGAAGUCAGGUGUUCAAGCCACUGGAACUGCUCUGGCAUUCCCUAGAUGAGUGGCUCGUUCUUAUAGCCACCGAGCUGAUGACAAACAAGAAGGACUCUGCCAACAUCACCUCUAUUUUACUGAAGCAAAAAGCACCAGAUCACCAGGAUGCUGCUCCUACACCUUCCUUCCCUACUGCAGGAACUGAGGGCAGAAAAGAGCUAUCUGCUGAUGCUUACGAUCCUGCUGGGAAGCAGGAAGCCUGUGCUGAUUGCCAGGAUGUUAUCUCCAUGACAGCAAACAGGCUAAGUGCUGUCAUUCAAGCCUUUUAUAUGUGCUGCUCCUGUCAGAUGCCUCAGGGGAUGACAUCACCCCGUUUUAUAGAAUUUGUCUGUAAACAUGAUGAUGUCCUGAAGUGUUUUGUUAACAGAAAUCCAAAAAUAAUCUUUGAUCACUUCCAUUUUCUUCUGGAGUGUCCUGAACUAAUGUCCAGAUUUAUGCAUAUCAUAAAAGCUCAGCCUUUUAAAGACCGUUGUGAAUGGUUCUAUGAACAUCUGCAUGCUGGACAGCCAGAUUCAGACAUGGUGCACAGGCCUGUCAAUGAAAAUGACAUCCUUUUGGUUCACAGAGAUUCUAUUUUUAGGAGUAGCUGUGAAGUUGUAUCUAAAGCAAAUUGUGCCAAACUGAAGCAAGGGAUUGCUGUGAGAUUUCAUGGAGAGGAAGGCAUGGGCCAGGGUGUGGUGCGUGAAUGGUUUGAUAUUUUAUCCAGUGAAAUAGUUAACCCAGACUAUGCCUUAUUCACACAGUCAGCUGAUGGGACAACUUUCCAGCCCAACAGCAACUCCUCUGUGAAUCCAGAUCAUCUGAACUACUUCCGUUUUGCAGGCCAGAUCCUGGGGCUGGCUCUGAAUCACAGGCAGCUGGUGAACAUCUACUUCACAAGAUCAUUUUACAAACAUAUUCUUGGUAUACCUGUAAAUUACCAGGAUGUAGCAUCUAUUGAUCCAGAGUAUGCCAAGAAUUUGCAGUGGAUUUUAGAUAAUGACAUCAGUGACCUGGGUUUGGAGCUGACCUUCUCUGUUGAGACCGAUGUCUUUGGAGCGAUGGAGGAGGUGCCGCUGAAGCCGGGGGGGGCAGGUAUACUGGUGACACAGGAGAACAAGGCUGAGUAUGUCCAGCUUGUGACAGAACUUAGAAUGACCAGAGCCAUUCAGCCUCAGAUAAAUGCCUUUUUACAAGGCUUCCAUAUGUUCAUUCCACCAUCUUUGAUCCAGCUCUUUGAUGAAUAUGAACUGGAGCUUUUGUUGUCUGGGAUGCCAGAAAUUGAUGUGAAUGACUGGCUAAAAAAUACAGAAUACACCAGUGGCUAUGAGAGAGGAGACCAAGUUAUUCAGUGGUUCUGGGAUGUUGUGGAAGAACUAACUCAGGAAGAGAGAGUUUUACUGCUACAGUUUGUUACUGGCAGUUCCAGGGUGCCUCAUGGUGGCUUUGCCCAUAUCAUGGGUGGCAGUGGAUUGCAAAACUUUACAAUUGCUGCUGUGCCAUAUACUGCAAACCUUUUACCAACGUCAAGCACAUGUAUCAACAUGCUCAAGUUACCUGAAUACCCAAGUAAAGAAAUCCUUAAGGACAGGCUUCUUGUGGCUUUGCACUGUGGAAGCUAUGGUUACACAAUGGCAUAA